UAGCACAAAUCCAGCGAGAAAGAAACAACCAACGUUGGCUAUAUGUAUUAACUUCAAAAUAAAGUUCAGUUUAAGCUGGAGCGCAGUCGAGGUUGUGUCGUUUGUUCGUUCGGUCGGCUUUGGUCCACUCGUUUUUCGGCUAGUUCCUAUGUACGCAUGAUACGUCGUGAGAUAGCAGAUCCCAAAAAUAGAUUCAUGAGUACGACAACAGGAAAGGGACACGUCGCAAACGGACUCUUCGGGAGAAUCAAACUACCUUAAUACUAUAGCUAAACCUAGUUAAAUAUGUCAAGUAAGCGGUCCAGCAGAGGAGCCAUCGGUAGAAUAGGACUCACUCCGAGCACAGAGCAAUGCAAAGCCUGCUGUGGAGGCCCAAAAUCUCUCGGGGAGCCAACGUACCGAAAGAUUGGACGGAGAAAGAUACUCCAAGUUCAGGGAAUCGAUGAUCCUGCGACAACGACGAAACCAACAAGAAGAACAAAAAGAACGUUAACGGCGACGCCUGAUGCAAAACUCAAUAGAAUCUAUUUAUGUACAUUUAACCGAAUGGCACAGAGCUGUAUAUAUUUUGUAUUAUUUUUAGUAAUCCUAAGCCCAAAUACUAGUUGUGCUCUGAGGAGUAGUGAGGGCGACACUCAAAAUAACGCCGGAAUACUCAGCAACGUGAGCAGCGUGCACAGUAGAACAAGCCUACCAGCAACCACUGAUAAUGAAACUAUUGAUGGCCCCACUUCCUCCUCCAAGGUCGAGCUGGACCCUCGAGGUGACCGGGGUCAAGCUCAGCAGCACAUUACUGGCGGCAACACAUACGAUAACAAAUCAAAUAAUAAUACUCACACAAAUGCCAGUGCGAAAUAUGAAAAUGUCAACCCGCUUCGGCAGCAACAUCACCAACAGCAGUCAAAUAGCCUCGACCUCGAUCUCGAUGGGCUCGAGGGCACGUUUGGCGCCUGCAGUAUUCCCGAGGAGGCGAUGUACACCAACGAGUUUGCCGUCAACAUUCCCGCUGGCAAGCAGGUGGCAGAUAUAAUCGCCUCCAAGCACGGCUUUAUCAACAAGGGACAGAUUGGAUCACUGGACAAUUACUACCUGUUCCAGCACCAUCACGUGUCGAAGCGUUCGCUGCGAUCCAGUGAAAAGCACCAGGGAGCCCUUAAAUCAGAAAACGAGGUGAAAUGGAUGCAGCAGCAGCAUGAAAAGGUGCGCCGGAAGAGGGACGGACCGUAUCAGGACUUGCCCACCUACAGUCCGUAUAAUCUAUUACGCCAACCCGGCGCCUACGUUGUCGAUCCGAAUCCGCAUCUUUCAUUCUCCCCAGCAGAGUCAAUUUCGUUAGCCUCGCACUCACCGCGCAUGGAAUACCGGGACGUCAGUUCGCAUUUCAUAUUUCCGGAUCCGUUGUUUAAGGAACAGUGGUAUCUGGUGAGUAAAAACGGCGGUGCCAAGGAUGGCUUGGAUAUGAAUGUGGGUCCCGCCUGGCAAAAGGGUUACACGGGAAAAGGCGUAGUUGUUUCCAUUCUGGACGAUGGCAUUCAAACAAACCACCCGGAUUUGGCACAGAAUUAUGAUCCCGAAGCCUCGUUCGAUAUAAAUGGUAAUGAUUCCGAUCCCACGCCCCAGGACAAUGGGGAUAAUAAACACGGAACCCGAUGUGCCGGCGAAGUGGCUGCGGUGGCUUUCAACAACUACUGCGGCGUGGGAGUGGCCUACAAUGCCAGUAUUGGUGGAGUGCGAAUGUUGGACGGAAAGGUAAACGAUGUGGUGGAGGCCCAGGCACUGAGCCUCAAUCCCUCCCAUAUCGAUAUCUACAGCGCAUCCUGGGGGCCGGAGGAUGAUGGCUCCACGGUCGAUGGUCCGGGUCCCUUGGCACGACGAGCCUUCAUUUACGGCGUGACCAGCGGACGUCAGGGCAAGGGAUCGAUCUUCGUCUGGGCCUCCGGCAAUGGUGGUCGCUACACGGAUUCCUGCAACUGCGAUGGCUACACCAACUCCAUCUUCACUCUCUCCAUUUCGAGUGCAACGCAAGCGGGCUUUAAACCUUGGUAUUUGGAGGAGUGCUCUUCUACGCUGGCCACCACCUACAGUUCGGGAACACCAGGGCAUGACAAGAGUGUUGCCACUGUGGAUAUGGAUGGUCGCCUGCGACCCGAUCACAUUUGCACCGUGGAGCACACGGGUACCUCGGCAUCGGCGCCACUGGCUGCUGGCAUUUGUGCUUUGGCCUUGGAGGCGAAUCCCGAACUGACUUGGCGCGACAUGCAGUACCUGGUGGUCUACACCUCGCGACCGGGGCCACUCGAGAAGGAGAGCGGCUGGACGCCGAAUGGCGUGAAGCGAAAGUACAGCCACAAGUUUGGCUAUGGUUUAAUGGACGCCGGCGCAAUGGUUUCGCUAGCCGAGCAAUGGACAACGGUGCCGCCGCAGCACAUUUGCAAGUCGCGGGAGAAUAACGAGGAUCGCAAGAUCGAUGGCGCCUACGGCUUCUCGCUGUCCACACACAUGGACGUUAAUGGGUGUGCGGGCACGAUAAAUGCAGUGCGCUACUUGGAGCACGUUCAGUGUCGCAUUACGUUACGUUUCUUCCCGCGCGGAAACCUGCGCAUUCUGCUCACCUCGCCAAUGGGAACCACGAGCACUCUGCUCUUUGAACGACCGCGUGAUAUUGUCAAGUCCAAUUUCGAUGACUGGCCCUUCCUGAGCGUCCACUUUUGGGGCGAAAAGGCGGAGGGACGAUGGACGCUGCAGGUGAUAAAUGGAGGAAGGCGGCGUGUCAAUCAACCGGGCAUUCUGUCCAAGUGGCAGCUCAUCUUCUACGGCACCUCCGAUCCGCCGAUGCACGACAAGUCGGAGCUGCUCAACAGCAGUCCGCAGCUGCGCAGUCCCAUUGGCAGCAAUCCGUUCCUCAUCCCAUCCGCCUCGAACAUUGGCCAGCCGGCCAACGAGGGUGGGAACUUCAACACCGAUAGCUUUGCUGGCUACCUCAACUACCAGAAUAUCUUUAGUAGUGCCGGCUCGAAUCCGGAACCGGCGACAGCCACCCUGGAUGGUCAGAAUGUGAACGCUUCGGUUGCUACCGGCGGACCUGCAGAGUUCGCUGGACUCACCGCUGCCUCGCCUGCACAAUUGGUAGCUGCGCCCGAUUCGCGGGAUGGCAGCAAGCUGAUCCUGCACUCCUGCGAUGCCGAGUGCGAUUCCUCCGGCUGCUAUGGCCGUGGACCCACACAGUGCGUGGCCUGCAGCCACUAUCGAUUGGACAAUACUUGCGUGAGUCGCUGUCCGCCGCGCUCGUUCCCCAAUCAGGUGGGCAUCUGCUGGCCCUGCCACGACACCUGCGAAACGUGCGCGGGUGCCGGACCCGACAGCUGCCUCACCUGUGCCCCCGCCCACCUGCACGUCAUCGAUCUCGCCGUCUGCCUGCAAUUCUGCCCGGACGGCUAUUUUGAAAAUAGCAGGAAUCGCACCUGCGUUCCCUGCGAGCCCAACUGUGCCUCGUGCCAGGAUCAUCCCGAGUUCUGCACUAGCUGUGAUCACCACCUGGUCAUGCACGAGAACAAAUGCUACUCGGCCUGUCCCUUGGACACUUACGAAACGGAGGAUAACAAAUGUGCCUUUUGCCACUCGACUUGCGCCACUUGCAAUGGCCCCACGGACCAGGACUGCAUCACGUGCCGCUCGAGUCGAUAUGCCUGGCAAAACAAAUGCCUUAUUAGCUGUCCGGACGGAUUUUACGCCGACAAGAAACGGCUGGAGUGCAUGCCCUGCCAGGAGGGAUGCAGGACCUGCACCAGCAACGGCGUCUGCUCCGAGUGCCUUGAAAACUGGACGCUGAAAAAGAGAGACAAGUGCAUCUUAUCCGGAAGCGAAAGCUGCAGUGAAUCUGAGUUCUUUAGCCAAACUGAGGGACACUGCAGUCCGUGCCACGAAACCUGUGGCAGUUGCAACGGUCCCGCGGAGACGAACUGCAUGUCCUGUCCCCCAAAUCGAUUGCUGGAACAGAGCCGCUGUGUGAGCGGCUGCCGUGAUGGAUUCUUCAUGGAAGCGGGCUCCGUUUGUUCGCCAUGUCUGCACACCUGCAGUCAGUGUGUCUCGCGGACGAACUGCAGCAACUGUUCGAAGGGUCUGGAGCUGCAGAACGGCGAGUGCCGCACCACUUGUGCUGAUGGUUACUACAGCGAUCGUGGCAUCUGCGCCAAGUGCUAUUUGAGCUGCCACACGUGCAGCGGACCGAGGCGCAACCAGUGUGUCCAAUGCCCGGGUGGUUGGCAACUGGCCGCCGGCGAGUGUCAUCCCGAGUGUCCCGAGGGCUUCUACAAGUCGGACUUUGGCUGCCAGAAGUGUCACCAUUACUGCAAGACCUGCAAUGGUGCUGGCCCAUUGGCAUGCUCGUCGUGUCCGCCGCACUCGAUGCUCGACGGCGGUCUGUGCAUGGAGUGCCUUAGUUCUCAGUAUUAUGACACCACAACGGCCACCUGCAAGACGUGCCACGAUUCCUGCCGCUCCUGUUUCGGUCCCGGCCAGUUCUCCUGCAAGGCCUGCGCCCCGCCACUUCACUUGGACCAGUUGAACAGCCAGUGCGUGUCCUGCUGCCAGAACCAAACGCUCGCCGAGAAAACGGCGUCGGCGCCCUGCUGCCAUUGCGAUGGAGAAACCGGUGAAUGCAAGGCCACCUCGACGGGCGGCAAACGACGCACGGUUAUUGGCAGCGGCAGCAGUGCUUUCAAAAGCAGCGAGUCUGACCACGGAUCGUUCGAGAGCGAUGGCAACGGCAGGGAGUUCGUCCUGCGACUCGACUCACCGCUGACGGCAAUCACAGCUAUUGCCGUGGCCAUCUGUCUUCUAAUUAUUACGAUAUUCUCAAUCAUCUUUGCUGUCUUGCAGCGCAACAGCAACCACGUGUCGAGAAACUCAGUGCGGUAUAGAAAAAUAGCGAACACAUCUUCGUCGUCGGGCAGGCGAAAGAACCUGUCCACGAAGCCCACCAGCGAUGCACGAUUUAUUUUUAACAUUGGCGAGGACGAUGAUACGGACGGUGAUAAUUCCGAGGAUGAUAUGGACGGUAACCUGGGCACAGAUAUUAACAGGAUUGUCUACGACCGCAAAGGCAAGGAUCAUGGACACGAAUUUUACAUUGAGAGUACAAAUGAUAUUGAUGCGAUCGAGUUUCACUGCAAAGGAGCGCAGAAAGCUGAGUCCCAAUCGCGAAGGUGCAAUGAGAACGCUGAUGAUGAUAAUGAUAUUCAUUUCAAUACGAAAACGGGCAGGAAUCCGUCAACAACGAGCAGCCGUACAAACAUCCGUAGCUGAUCGAUGAUCGAUCACAAUGGACAACGCGACAGCGAACGUAAUUGUACCAACCAGAACUUUGAUCUUGGCUUUCUUGCUCUGGACUAGUAAAUUGUAACCUUGCUUUGAGGAAUAUAGCGAAUCGAAAUAUUUAACAUCUGAAAAUGAUAAAAAUUUAUAUGUGAUUGUGAAUUGUUUUUAUAUAUAUAUUUGUAAAUUUAAUGUUUGUAUUAAAUUUUUAUGAAAAAUGUUAUGUCAAGUUGAAUAAUGACAAUGUCUUUUUUAUUGUUCCAGCCAUCUUUUCCAUUAAAAAAAAAAGGGAAGAGAACGUAGGUUCAGAGAAAACAAAACACCAAACUAAACUUUGAUCAAUAUCGCUUUCGAUACAAAAAAUUAGCCAUAGGACUUAUUGUUUUUAGUUUAAUAAAUUUUUUAAAUAAAUGCAAACAUUUUUUAAGGAUCCAAA